AACCAACCUAGAGGCCUUGCAGAAGAAGCUGGAGGAGCUGGAGCUGGAUGAGCAGCAGCGGAAGCGCCUCGAGGCUUUCCUGACACAGAAGCAGAAGGUGGGCGAGCUGAAGGACGACGACUUCGAGAAGAUCAGCGAGCUGGGUGCUGGCAAUGGCGGUGUGGUGUUCAAGGUCUCCCACAAGCCGUCUGGCCUGGUCAUGGCCCGCAAGCUCAUCCACCUGGAGAUCAAGCCGGCCAUCCGGAACCAGAUCAUCCGAGAGCUGCAGGUGCUGCACGAGUGCAACUCACCGUACAUCGUGGGCUUCUAUGGCGCCUUCUACAGCGACGGGGAGAUCAGCAUCUGCAUGGAGCACAUGGAUGGGGGUUCCUUGGAUCAAGUCCUGAAGAAAGCUGGAAGAAUUCCUGAGCAAAUUUUAGGAAAAGUUAGCAUUGCCGUGAUCAAAGGCCUGACAUACCUGAGGGAGAAGCACAAGAUCAUGCACAGAGAUGUCAAGCCCUCCAACAUCCUGGUCAACUCCCGCGGGGAGAUCAAGCUCUGCGACUUCGGGGUCAGCGGGCAGCUCAUAGACUCCAUGGCCAACUCCUUCGUGGGCACCAGGUCCUACAUGUCGCCAGAAAGACUGCAGGGCACCCACUACUCGGUGCAGUCGGACAUCUGGAGCAUGGGGCUGUCUCUGGUGGAGAUGGCCGUGGGCAGGUACCCCAUCCCGCCUCCGGACGCCAAGGAGCUGGAGCUGAUGUUCGGGUGCCAAGUGGAAGGAGAUGCGGCCGAGACGCCACCCAGGCCCAGGACCCCCGGGAGGCCCCUCAGCUCGUAUGGAAUGGACAGCCGGCCCCCCAUGGCGAUUUUCGAGCUGCUGGAUUACAUAGUGAAUGAGCCACCUCCAAAGCUGCCCAGUGGAGUCUUCAGCCUGGAGUUUCAGGACUUUGUAAAUAAAUGCCUCAUAAAAAACCCUGCGGAGAGAGCAGACUUGAAGCAGCUCAUGGUUCACGCCUUCAUCAAGCGCUCCGACGCCGAGGAGGUGGACUUCGCAGGUUGGCUCUGCUCCACCAUCGGCCUUAACCAGCCCAGCACCCCGACCCACGCGGCUGGCGUCUGAGCUGCGGCUGCAGCACCCCCGGCCAGUGGCAGCGGCGGCUCUCCGGCCUACCGUCCCUCGCUUCUCUUCAGACGUGCAUUUCACCUGUGAGCAGGACGCAGACACAGCAUGCGCCAAGCUGCACUCAUGCUCCUUUUCAUACCGUCUUCAUUGUUAGCGCCGUCACCCUAAGUGGAUUGCCUUGCGCUUGGGGCUGUGUGUGUGUGGAUAAUCAAACACAUGCCGGGCUGAACACAGUGACACUUGGUGACUGUGGUUGUUGCUGUUCCCGCUCUGUGUGGCUGGCCCGUCGCCACCGGUGUCUCCAGCUCUGGGGACACCAGGUGGCACUACCCCCUGCCAGGGGCACCUUCUUUCAGCAGAGAGGAAGGGCCUCAGAGUCCCGUUCCCGGCAGCGCAUGGGACGCAUGCUGUGCUGCUGUGACUCAAACAUCGUGGGAAAGGACAGCGCGUUAUUUUUUGCUUUUGAUGUAGAAUUCAGGAAUUUCCAUCAAUUCUAGCCAGAGCCCCUCACUGCCAUGAAAGCCGGGGCUUCACCAGCCUGUCACCUGGUGAUCGGGAGACUUCUGGUCGUGUCUCUGUAUUUAUUUUUAAGUAUGCCGUGUGGGUACUUGGUGUGUGUCUCUUUAGGUUUGGAUUACUGUUUCUGAAAUAGUGGAUUUACUUUGAAUGUCACAAAUGGAUCAAGGCAUUAAACGUGUCAGAUUUCUACCUUCUCCCCAAUCCGAAUACCAAUGCUAUUGUAAACAGUGUGUAUAGUGCCUAAAAAUUGUAUGAAAAUCCUUUUAAUCACUUUAAUCCAGAUGUUUAACAAAUCUAAUCUCUUAUUCUAAUAAAUAUACUGUCAGAUUUUAAAAAGGA